AACAAACAAGAUGGCAGAGAGUGCGGAUGAAAACAGACCAAGUAUGUGCGACAAAAAUGAAGAAAAGGAAAAUUUGAUGGCAUUUGAGCCUCCAAAAAAGAAAAUUAAGACUUCAGAUUCCUUCUGUAGAUUUGGACCAGAACUAGAAGACCGCCUAAGUGGCAUAUUGUGUUGUGCAGUUUGUCUCGACUUGCCACGGACUUGUUAUCAGUGUACAAAUGGACAUUUAAUGUGUGCCGGUUGCUUCAAUCAUCUUCUAGCCGAUGCUAGACUGAAAGAUGAAAUGGCAACAUGUCCAAACUGUCGCUGUGAGAUCUCCAAGAGCCUGUGCACCCGCAACCUCGCUGUCGAGAAAGCUGCGUCGGAGCUGCCCACGGACUGUCAAUUCUGCGGCCAGAAGCUUCCACGCAACAUGGUCAGCGGGCACGAGAGAGAACUGUGUCAGGAGAGGCCAACCACGUGCAAGUACUCACGGAUUGGCUGCCCGUGGCGUGGCCCCUUCCACGAGGUGGCCGCACACGAAUCGAACUGCAUCCACCCGCAGAAGGCCGGACUGGAUAUUAUUGAGACACUGCGUGAGUUGGAUGAGAAGAAACUCGAAGAACAACAGAUCUACAGCACUGUGUAUUCACUGCUGUCGUUUGAAAAGAUCACAUUUAACGAUCUCCAGCUAAAGCCCUACCGGACGGACGAUUUCAUCACCAAGCUGUUUUAUGAGACCAGUCGAUUCUCGGCGUUCAACUACCAGUGGGUGAUCAAAGCUCGCGUCAACAGCGACAUGAAGAACCCAGCGCACACCAUCAGUCGCAGUCUGUCGUACCAGCUGGUCCUCAAGAGCCGAAUCAGUGCGCCAAUCCGCUUGCAUUUUCUCGCCUUGAAGGGUCCAUAUGGAGAGAUGAAAGUAAAGCCAGCCAUAUUUGAGCACGAGUUCACUACCGACAGCACAGAGUCGGAGCUUAAAGAUCUUCCCAUUGUGGAUUCACUCGAGUGUAAUAAGCUACUGGCUACCAAGACCAUAAAUUUCCGCAUUAUAUUAUUCCAAGUUGUAUAAAUACUGAAUUGGUCAAUUCUGUAAUGGCAUUCACACGCACCUUUUUGUUUUUCAUUGGGGUUUUUUAAUUUUUUAAAUUCAGUAUUCACAUUGCAUCAAUGUUGUAUAUUUUUUAUGAUUAGCUUCACAGUUUAAAUUAUUUUUGUCAGCAUAAUGCAUUUAUUUAGGUCUUAGUUUUUUGUUUUUGGGGGUUUUUUUUAUUAUUAUAGUUUCUACUGUAUCCUCUAAAAUUAGUUGAAAAACGAAAUGAUGAUAAAAAAAAUGUAAAACAUAUUUCUUAAAAAAAUAUAAUAAAAAUAACAUUUGAGAAAUAACUGUACUUUCUCUUCAUAAUAUAGAGGGGAAAAAAACGCCCCAAAAAAACUCUAAAUUGUAACUUGUAGAUUUAUUUUUGUAUUUAAACAUUUUUGUAUAUAUAGCACAAAAAAAAUUAAACCCGUAGCUAUAUUAAUUAAAAAUGACAACAACAAAAAAAAAGGUAAAAAAGAAUAACAUACAUGCCUAACUUGAAGGAUUCUUCCUCGGCAUGCAUAUGAAUAAACAAAGUAUAAAAGUUUUUAGAGAGUGGAUUGUCUCACGUCUGCACUAGUCUUUUAUUUUAAAUAUUAUUUUAAAGGUAGCUGUGAAGUCUACACAGAUUUUGUGUUUUUUAAUCGAGAGUAAAAUUCCUAUUAAUUAUGUUUUAAUUUUGAAGAAUUUUCAUUUUAAUCAGACUUUUAUUAUUAGUCUCAGUUUAGCUGUUCAUUUUCAGUAUUUUAAAUACUGAUCCUGUCUUUUUAACAUUGAUAAUUUUAAUACCAAAACUGUUAUUUUUGCAAUUCCUAUUUUUUUUUUUUUUUUCUAUCUCACACAUUAAUCAUGUUGAAUACAUUAUAGCUAAUACUAAUUAUGAUAUGUAAUAGGUCAGGGUAUGUUUACACAACAUAAAAGUGAUAUUACAUUAGUCUGGGUGUUGUAACAAUGUUGUGGAAUGGAGUUUUAGUGUAUACUCUACAUAUGAGCUGUACAUGUAAGGAUUAUUACAUAUUACAGAUAUACAUAUGUUUCUCAUCCUGUGGGUGAGUAAGAGGAUAUUUUGUUGAAGGAUGUACAAUAUUCAAGUUAUGGUGCUGGAAUAGAAGACAUUUUUGCCAUUUGUGUAUGCGGUUUUCUUGGAAUACCAUAGUAUAUUGAAUAGUUAAAAUAAAAAGCCUUUAUAAUCUGCAUUUUUAUCCACUGUAUGUACCAGCUUCUAUCUUUAAUUAUGUGUUGAUGUACAUAAAAUUGUAAAACUGAUGUCUAUAGAGAUGCAUUUCAAGCAGAUUUAAAAGGUUAAAUUUUGUUGGCUCAGUCUGUUCAAACGUUUUGACCUUUACAUGAACCACUGUCCUGUAGCCAGAUGUCAUUGUUUUUGACAAGUGUUUCUUAAAAGUAAAAUAAGUGUUAAUGUAUAUAAUGCAAUCUAUUUUUAUUGAACAUAUUGGUAAUAAAAUUAUUCACAAACCCUCGUAGAAAUAACUAAUAGUUUAAUAAAAAAAAUAUUGUAUCUCUUUCAAAAUUUGUUACAUUUAUUUUCAAGUCAAACCUACAUGAAAGAAUGAUCUUGUAUUCGAUGCUAGAUAAAGAUAAAUACUGAUAUUGAUGUAGUUGAAUUUUCAUUACAUAUUUGUAUAUAAGAGCUCAAGGUUAAGCUGUGAUCUUUAAUGUCGUCUUUUUGUAAUAAUAGUUUACAAACUGUUCUUCUGUAGUUAGUUUUUGAACAUUUUUGUCUAAUGUUUAAUAUUUUAUUCACUUGUUGGGCAUGGUAUGGCAGUAGGUGGUAAACCGGCUAGUUGUCUAGAAUUUUAGAUUUUACAGUUAAGUGGGUUGGACUGGAUUAGCUGUGAAAUGUUUUUAAUAUAACGGAAAUUUAAAUAUGAUGGAAUAUGAAAUGUUAAAGUCUGUAGGUUAUUUUAAUAGUUCUGGGUUUAAAAAAUAAUGAUAAUAACAUAUAGCAUCCAAUAUGACUUAUAUCGAAACCUGUAGCCUGUAGUUGUUCAGAAUACAACUUAACCACAAUUCUCAUUGAAAUAUGCUGUUAUCUGAAUUACUAAUAUAUUUUCUUUUCGGAUAUUUAUGAACAUUUGGAUAAUGGACGCCUCGAUGUAACUAGUUGGUAUAACUCACCACUGCUGUGUGCAUGCGGUUUUAUGCAGAGUAAUGUCAUUUGUGUAAAGAAAGUCUGUAGAUGAAAGAUAUUAUUUUGAUGGAGAAUACAUAGUAAUGUAUUGGUUUUCUUUAGUAGAUUUUUUAAAUUAGAAGAAUCUUCUUAUCUUUUCUUUCUUUUGAAUUUGUAACAUUCAUUGCUGUAUCUUGUUGUACAUUGUUGAAUAUACUGAUGUGUAAUUUAAUGAAUAGGAAGAUAACCGGUUAUUGUAGGUGUCAUGUUUUGAACCACAAGUUUUUAUCAAGCAUAUUUUUUGGAUAUUUUAUCAAGCAUAUUUUUUAUGUUAUUGUUAAGGAUUUUUUUUUUUUUUUUUUUUGUCUUAAUAUUUAUUGAAACAGUCACUGUUUGAUUUUAUAUUAAGACCAUUUUUAAUGUAAUCUAGUCUUAUAUCCCAGUUUUCAAGAAAAUUCGACACUACACAGAAAUUCAAAGAUAGUCAUUCAUUAUAUUUAGUUUUCAUAAUGUAUUAAAAUUAGUUUUUCCCCAACUGUUAGGUACACUGUUACCUUUAAUUGUUCAAGUAGUUAAAAGCAUUACAAUUUUCAGGUGUAAAUAUUCUGACCAUUUUAAUUUUUGGUCAGGUAGUUUCUUUUGGUGUAAAAACCGAAAGUAGUUCUUACAAUGUAAGGGUGUACAUAAAUAAGAUAUGCUGUCUUGACUGUUCAUUGUUCAUCUCUUACCAUCUCUUACUCUGAUAUAAUCUGUAAUUACAGCACUCCGUUUAGUUAAGUUACUACCAUUCACUGUAAACAUGUACAAAUAAUACAAGAAUUACUGGCAUUUUUAUUCAGUUGUAUAUUUAUUUAUUUAUUUACUUAUUUAUAAAAAAAAUUGCAGGCCUUGCUAUAUUUUUAUAUGAUUACAGAACAUGUAAAUUCAACCCAUAUAAUAGUACUCUUUCUUCUGGACAAUAUUUGCCACUAUGGCAGAUUUUAAUUACCUGUAGUUCAAGCAUCAGCUUGCAAAAAGUAUGUCAGAGUGACCUUCAUUUUAAUAACUUAUUACCUGUUACUUAAAUAUGAGUUAGCUUUCAGGUGGAGCUAGUUAAAGUCUAAUAUCUUUUCAAAAGGUAUGUGCUUAGUAGAGCAGUGUGAUCUACUUUACCCAUCGUCAGUCAAGUUUGGGGCUUUAGGGUGAAGCACAUCUUACUAAAAUCAUUUGAACCUCUGAUGUGUCAAUUUUGAAGACUAAUGCUUUUUUUUUUUUUUAAUUUGCCUAAUGAUUGUCUGUGUUAAGAUUCAACAUUACAGCUGUUAAUAAGCCAAAUUAUUGUUAAACCUAUAACUGGUAGGUUGAUGGUUGUUUUAACACAGACACCCAACCCCCCCCCCCCCCCCCCAAAAAAUAAUAAUAAAAAAAAAAAAAAAACCAACAAACAAAAACACAACAGUGGCUUAAAAUUAAAAUAGUUAAUAUGAUUUUCAUUGUUAAUAAUAUGUUAGUAAAAGGUAAUAAUGCUUUAAUGGUAUUAUGUUUUGUAAUAAGUACACAGAGAUGUUCUUUGCCAAGAGGUGUACAAAACUAAAUCCAGCACUAGGCCAGUGUUGUUGGGUAGGGUUGGGGUUUUUUGGUGGGGAGGGGUUUAAAUAAGUAGGUAUUUGUCUGCAAAUAGUAGCACACAUACACAUUGCUUGCAAUGGGAUGUACAAGUCUGUUGUUAAAGAACAGAAAGCAGUUAUUAUGUACUUUAUAAAAAAAAAGUGUGUAAUAAUUUUUUUUUAAAGUUUAUGCCAUCACAUUUUGCAGAAUUAAACAGCAUUGUUUAUGAUGUGUUUCACAUUUUUGGUUAACAUAAUUCAGUUUUACAGCACUGAAUACAAUGUGAUGUACAUUUUGUUAUCACAUUUUGCAGUUAUACAGCAUUAUAUGGAAUACGAUAUACAUGUUAAAUAGAAAGAUCAAUCACCAAUUUUUAUAGGGUUGGGUUUUUUGGGGGGUUUUCUUUAUUCUUGGCAGGAUUUCUAAUAACUAGAAAUGUGCAAUUUGUGGUAUAUCCAUUUAUAGGUUAGAGUAUUUCUUUCGGCAUUACUUGUUUUCUCUAGAAAUAGGCUACCUUCAGGCUUCAUAAACUACCAGUGGCACAUAUUUAUAAACCAAUAAAACAAUUUUUGAAACAAGGUUUUGACUACUGUAAAAAAAAUUACUGUACAUUUUUUUAUUAUUUACAAAUUACUAAUUAUGUCAAAAUAGUAUUCUUUUCAAAGUAAUUUUUACAGAUUAAAAAUGAAAGCAUCAACAAAUGUGGCGUAAGAAGUUAUUAUGUAAAUCAGAUGUUUUGUUCAAGCUAGGAUGUCUUUUAAAUAUUCAGUUGAGUUAUUUUUAUUGAAUUUUUAAAUAACGCAAUGGAUUUCAAACCGUUCCGAUAUUCAAUAGUAUGUCUGCACCUGUAUGAUCUUAAAUUUUACCAGUUACCGUUUAACAAGUAGAUACUAUAGAUUUAAAGCAUACAUUAAAAAUAUAUACACAUGACAUCAGAGGAAUUGGAAUUACGGUUAUUUCUGGGGGGUUUUUAACAAUAAAAGAUAUAUUUUCAGUAUUAGAAGCCAAAAUGUCGAGUCCAGUGAUGUUAAGGUCAAUUUGAAAAAAAGUGCACUGUCUGGAUUAUUGAAGCUUGACUGGUGCCCUGUCAGUCAUUACACUUCAGUGAAAAUGUCUCCCAACACUCACUCAGGAAUGCAGUCUUCAGCUGUACUGUAUUAGUAUUUGUACAUAGUAAUUUAUGUUUUAUAACUUCAUACAUGCACGUAGUAAUAUAAUAUAAUAUAAUCCCUUUAUUACCGAUCUUCAACACUAACUUUUCUCAGUCUGAAAUAAAACCCUUCUUCUUUGAUUUUGGGUUUACAUUUUUAUGACCUUUAUUUUUUUACAGAGGGAUCAUGUGAUAAUUAGUUCUAAGAUAAUUGUAAAGUGUGUAAUUUUUAGGAUUUGUAAAAUCUGCUAUGUUCAGGGUUUGUAAAAUAUUUUGCAGGAUUUGUAAAAUCUGUAACACGAACUGUAAAAUCUGUAAUGUUCAGGAUUUGUAAAAUGUGUUACAGGAUUUGUAAAAUCUCUAACAAGAACUGUAAAAUCUCUAACAAGAACUGUAAAAUCUGCAACAGGAACUGUAAAAUCUGCAAAGGAACUGUGAAAUCUGCAACAAGAACUAUAAAAUGUGCAACAGUAAAGGAUCUUCGUUAACUCACAGUUUUGUCUUUUCAUUAGUCAGGAUCAGCUGGGCUAUUUAUUUACUGCUCUCGGUAAUAAAUAAUUAAAUGCU